AUGAGGUUGUUUCACAGGAAAGGUAAUGAGGUUACUUGGAAGCCCGAUGAUUUCAUUCCAGUUAAUAAGUUUAUUUCACAGCCACCAGAAAGGUACACGAAGCCUCAACCACAGGAUAAUCUUGAUUCGGAACAGCGGACCAUCUACCAGUCAAUUUUAAAUCAUUUUUUAGAUCCUUUAUUAUAUUUACCAGUAAAUGGUCUUGCUAAGCAAGUGAAUGAUUCCAAUAGUUAUUCUAAGUUAUCUGACUAUGAAAGGUUUUGGUUAUCCAAAGAAUGUAUACUUCGAUACCUUAGAGCAACAAAGUGGAAUAAGGAACGAACUCUGAAGAGGAUACAUGAAACACUGUUGUGGAGAAGACAAUUCGGCUUGGAUAAUUACAACUUCAUCGAGGAAACUGCUAGAUUGGUGGCUGAUGAGAAUAUUACAGGAAAAAUGCUUUUGCUAGGAUACGACCGAUGCAGGCAAUUAGUACUAAUAUUGAAGAAUUACAAACAGAAUACAGAACCAAGUUAUACUCAAGUUAAACAACUCGUUUGGUUUUUGGAAGCAGCGUGUAUUUUAACCCCUAAGGGCACUGAAGCUUGGUCAUUUGUCAUCGAUCUACAUCGGUAUUCCGAUAACAAUAAUAAUGUCCUCUCACAAUACGAACAUCCACCAUUGUCCUUAACGAAACAAGUUCUAAAUAUUGUUCAAGAUCACUACCCAGAAAGACUUUACAAAUGUUUGGUAUUUAAUGUGCCAACCUCUAUGUGGACGUUCUUAAAAAUAAUUCAUCCAUUGAUCAAUACUGUACCGCGAAAAAAAAUUCUCUAUGACACACCUGUUGAUCAUCAUAUAGAAUCUGACCAGCUCAGUUCAGAGUACGGUGGAAAGCUCAAUUUUGUUUACGAUCAUACGGUAUAUUGGCCAAACUUGGUGGAAACCGUUACCGCUAGAAAACGUGAACAACUUCAGAAAUUUAAUGAAAUGGGUCAAACUCCGGGAACAAGUGAAUAUGAAUUAAGAUCAUAA